GUUGGUCUUUCACAGCUGGUGACGACUAUUAUGAAAAUGGCCUCGACCCUGCCCGUGAGCGCGAUUAACCGGAGAAGAUGACGAUGAGAAGCUUUUUAAGUCGGCCCAACACCAGCGUGUCUUCUCCGAACACUUAGGUAAACAAGAACAAAGAGGCUCGCGGCAGAGAGACGGUUAAAAAUACCACAGACCACCGCGUAUUUUCGUAGUGCCGAGGAGUCACUAUGGAGGAUAUCAACUCCAAUAUCAACGCGGACUUGGAGGUGCGGAAGCUCCAGGACUUGGUGAAGAAACUCGAGCAGCAGAACGAGCAGCUCAGGAGCCGGUCCACGAUGUUGUCCUCGUCCGGGGCGAUGUCAGGGCAUCACAGACCCCUCAGCGCCGGCUACGACUCGUCGUCGCUGUCAGCGGGGAUGGCAGCCGGUCUGGCCGGCUUCCCUGGGGUGGGGUUCGGUGGACUGCUGGAGAACAGCCGCUGUCUGAGCCCCAGACUUUCUUACGACGGAAUCAGCUUCAAGAGGGCGUAUGACUGCGAGGGGGCAUCCGCCGCCACCUCCCUGUCGAGUAUGAACUCACUUUAUUCAGACAACACCGGGGGCUUUACGGAUGAAGCGACCACCACGAUCCUGGACGAGGUGGAAAUCUUGGACCUCGAAGACAUGGACUGUCUACACGAGGACGAGGACAGCUGGUUGUACGUGGCAAAACUGGACAGUCCUCUCCAAAAAGCCCAGAGCCCGAUCGUGUGGUGCCGUCAGGCUCUCGACAACCCCAGCCCUGAGAUGGAAUCGGCAAAGCGCUCCCUAAUCCAUAGACUAGACCUCACCAUGUUGGCGAACAAGCGAAGGAGCCUGUACGGAGGUCCCUAUCAGCAGAGUUAUGGAAGCCCGCUCAGCACAAACACAGCCAACAGCCCGUACAGCAGCGGCUUCAACUCGCCCUCCUCCACGCCCAGCAGAGUGCCCAUAGUCAGACAGCAGCUAAUGCCCAAUAACGCAGCACACCAGCGAAACACCGCGACGGAGAGGAAUCCUCCAGCAAUCAGUCCGCAGUCGUCUGUGGACAGCGAGCUGAGCACCUCGGAAAUGGAUGAGGACUCUGUUGGCUCUUCAACUACCUACAAACUCAACGAUGUCACGGACGUCCAGAUACUAGCACGCAUGCAGGAAGAGAGUCUGAGACAGGAAUAUGCUGCAACAGCGUCCAGACGGAGCUCAGGUUCGUCCUGCCACUCGCUGCGGCGCAGCACCUUCAGCGACCAGGAAUUGGACGCGCACAGUCUGGAGGACGAGGAAGAAGCGGUGCACCCGGCCUUCCACCUGCCUUCCAACCGCUUCAGCCCCUCGCCUCGCCACUCACCUCGCGCCUCCCCGAGAAAUUCCCCUCGCUCCCGCUCCCCCGCUCGCUCCAUCGACUACAGCCACAGCCGUGGCUCGCCUCAGCCCAUCAUCAGCCGCCUGCAACAGCCGCGCCACUCGCUGCAGGGCCACGGCCAUGACCUGCAGACCAACGUGGUGAAGAACGAAGAAAAAUUACGCCGUAGUCUUCCCAACCUCACACGCUCCACGGUGGCGGCUGCAGCUCAGGCGGCAGAACCUGUCAAGAACAGCCGGAGCUGCGAGUCCAACCUGCAAGUGCCAAACGGUGGAUCUCCUCGACACCAGAACCAGUCUGCGACAGCAGCUCAGCUCCCAAGAUACUCCACCCCUUCUCGCUCCUCCCCGAAACCCAAACAGCGCCUCCAGAGCCCCACAGCCCUGCGAGUCCCACUCUCCUGUUGCUUUGGAGAAGAAGGGGAUUUCAUCCCUUCUCCCAGUAAGCUGCGGACCCCCGCCACCCCGUCGCCGCUGGCCCUGAGGCAGCCUGUAAAAGCCACGUCCUCGCCGAGUUCUGCCGCGUCCACCGCCACCCGCUCCCUGGCUCCUCCUCGCAGCGGCCUGCCCCGCCCCAGCGCGUCUGCCGGAGGAGGUGGAGGAGGUGGAGGCAUCCCUCUGCCUCGCAGCAAACUGGCCCAGCCCGUGCGCAGAUCUCUUCCUGCUCCCCGGACCUACAGCGGCACGGGCGAGAACUGGAGGGAAGGCUGUUACUGAGGCGGGCCAGCAGGGGGCGCUCCUGUCGAACCAUCAGCUCCAGGAGGCAGACAUCACAACAUGGCACUUUAUCUACUCAGAUAACUUUUACAAUGAACUGUCCAGAGGCAGUCUCUCAACUAUAUUCAAAUCAGAAGUGGGCCUAAAAAGGAAAGGACGGUAUCCACACGGCGUCAGAGGACCUCCUCCUGCGUGUCUCUGUGGGGGCUGGUUCUGAAGGGGUCUGGCAUGUAGUGCAGACAUCCCAGAUAAAGCCAAAGAAACCAGGCCGACUCCAGCAGAGGACAUGUCACCUGCCUUCAGCUCAUCUGCAGUCAUCUGUGAGACCGUCUGCAUUUCCGCACACCCGACGUUCCUUCUCUGACCCGCCACACUUCUUCUGCAUUCACCUCCCUCAGGUUGAAAUGUUUCUGCAAUUUCUUUGUCUUUUUUUUUUUUCUUUUUUUUUUCUUCUUUCAUUCUGAGUCUAACAGAUGUUGGUUAGCGAUAUCUCUGAUGACGCUGUUGCAGGUGAAUGAUGCCGUAAAUGAAUUGUCGAGGUCUCGCCGCAGCGGAAGCGCCUGCGUGUGGGUCCCACAUGGAAGGAUCUUUCCUCGC